CCAAUCAAACAAUUAACAAUUUUUGUUUUAAUUGUUUCCUUUUUUUCCUGUUUAAUUAACUAUUGAUUAGUUGUUUAAUUGGAUUAGGUUGUGGUCGUUUCUCUGGUGGGUUGACUAGUGUUUCUGGUGAAUUUGUUGGUUUCUUUUGGUUUUUGUUGCCAUCGAUUUGUGAUUUUUUUUUCUUGAUUGUAAAUUUAUUUUACUUUUUGAUUGAUGAUUGAUUAGGUUGGUGAUUUUUUUUUUCUUGUUGUAAUUUGAUUAUUUGCAACUUUUUUGUUGGUUUGAUUGGUUCAUUUUCGUUUCCAUUGUUUGGUAUUUAAGGUUUUUGGUCUUUUGGUGGUUUGGUCAUCGUUAUUGUUAAUCAUUUGAUUAGUGAUUAAAGAAAAAUGGUUUGUUUACCUGCUAUCUCUAGGUUGAUUCGUCAACAAUCAUUUUCCAUAAGGAUGAUUUCACCUUUACCCUUGAGAUUUGCAUCUGAUCAAUCAAUUGGAAAAUUGAACGAGAAAAAAAUUGAUGAAUCCGUUGAGAUAUUAAAAGGAAUGAUUGCCAACUUUAAACGUUUCUCACCUCGAGUUGGUCUUUUCUCACCUCAGAUUGAAUUGAAUGAUGAGAUAUUAAAUAAACAGAUCAAAGGUUUAACCAAUUAUCAAUUACAUACAAUGAAAUAUCUAUUCUACCUCAAUUGGAAAUACAAUGCAAUCAAUUUCAAAGCAGUCGAAGUGACCAAAAAUACGGACGAAGGGAUCAUCGACAUUAGAUGGCAAAUGUACGGUAAACCAGGCUGGAUGCUCAUUUUCGUUGUUGAUUUAGCUAAUUCAUUUAAUAAAAAGCCAGAAGAACGUAGAGACGACUGGGAAGCACUUGAAGGAACAUCAACUUUCUACCUGGACAAUGAUGGAAAAAUUUACAAGCAAACAUUGAAAUUGUUAAAACGUGGAAAUUAUCGGGACCUGAUUAGAUUACCAGCAGAAAGAAAAAAAGAAACAACACCGAGUUAAUUAUAUUUAUAACAAUUAAUUUCUUCUCGUAAAUAGUGAUAACACUCUUAGACUUUUAUUUAGUUUAAUAAAUUUAAUUUAAGACAUUGUUAUGGACAA